GAGCAACCUGGGCUAGUGGAAGGUGUCCCUGCCCAUGGUAGGGGGUGGGAAUUGGAUGGUCUUUGAUGUCCCUUCCAACCCAAACCGUUCUGUAAUGCUAUGACAACACUGGCAUUGGUACCUCCCAUAAUUUCUGAGAGCAUUCAAAUAUUGAUAAAGCUGCCAGAAAUCCAUUUAAAGCAUCUCAGAAGGUGGGACAAAGCCGUAAAGAAAAAAUAUUUGUAACAAUUAUUACACGUAUCAAGUGGUGCCUGAUUUGUGCUUUACGACAACCCACGUUGUAAAUCAGCUUUUGGGACUGGGGUGAGCUCAUCCUGGGCUGCAGGUAACUCUCUGCAAUACAGCAAUAAAAACUCUGCGUAUGUCCCCGGAAAUCUCUCGGGGCUGGAGCUGCUGCCCCAGUGACCUCCCGCACGCCCAGGGCCUGGCUCGCUUCCCAGCACGGGCUGGGAUGUGAUAAAACACGCUGGAUCUGCUCCCCGGCUCCCUGAACUCUGCCCCUGCCGCCACAGCCGGGACUAUUUGCAUAUUAAAAGCAGGGGGAAAGAUAACAGUUAAAAGGCACCCGGUAGUUUGCCAAACUACGGAAUUUCUGCGGGGCGGGGCGGAGGAGGAGGCUCGGGAACGCCUGUGCCCUGCCUCCUGCUCCAGGGUAUUUAACCUGGGGAGUCCUGGCUGGGGCCACAGCUCUGCAAUCUUCAGCAGAGCACACAUCCCUCCAGGGCACAUCCCUCCAGGGCACAACACACCAGGACAUUCCUCCAGCUCCCAUCCCUCCAGGAUAUCCCUGAAGGACACAUCCCUCCAGCUGCCAUCCCUCCAGCUGCCAUCCCUCCAGCUCCCAUCCCUCCAGGACACAUCCCUCCAGCUGCCAGUGAGGGAGAAGCAGGCGUGGGGAAGAUGAGCUGCAGCAGGUACCCCGUGGAUGUGAAGGCUGUUGGCUUCAUGCAAUGCAGAAAGCAGAAGAACUACAUGAUGUUUGUGACUUGGUCAGACCAGAACAACAUUCUCAUCUACCGGACAUUUGAAGACUUUAAGAAAUUCCAUAAAGAGCUGAAGAGAAAAUUCCCCAUGGAGAGUGGCUCCCUCAGGAGUUUACCCAGGUUUAAAGGUGUGAUUAUGCAGCACAGGAAGGGUGGGAAGCUGAACAGGUGCCUGGAGAUCCUGAAACUUCUGGAAACCUACUCCCAGGAGCUGCUGCAGAUGGAUGCGAGGAUCUCCCAGGGGGGAGACGUGAAUCAGUUUUUCAAGGCACAGACCCAGGACCUCGACCCCUCCUUCCCUGAAAACAGUGUUGUGAUCAUGCCAUCAGAAUUUAGAAGGGAAAAGAAGCACCAGCCCAUCUCCAUCACCCUUCCCCAGGCGUCCCAGAGCUACCGCUGCAUCGAGAGCUAUGAAACCAAGGACACCAAGAACAGGACGUUCACAGUGGCUCAGAAGGAAAUUGUUGAAGUGUUGAUCAAGGACAUGACUGGGUGGUGGCUGGUGGAAAAUGCAGACAAGCAGAUUGCCUGGUUCCCAGCCUCGUACCUGGAAGAGCUUGAUGUCCAUGAGGACAUCCAGAGCAACUACAGCUCAAAUGAGGAGGGCAGCCUGUACUUCGUGGUGCAGCCCUACGAGGCGCAGAAGGCGGAUGAGCUCUCUCUGCACAGCGGGGUGGUCGUGGAGGUGCUCAGGAGCUCUGACAACGGCUGGUGGCUCAUCCGGUACAAUGGGAGCACAGGCUACAUGCCCUCCAUGUGCCUCCGGCCCUACAAGAAUCCUCACCACAAGCUGCAGACCAUCAUCAACUCUGGGCUCAACGUCUCCACCCCGAACCUCUGCUCCUCCCUGUCGGCCCCCCAGCCCCGGGGACAGGCCAUGGCACAGCCCAGGGCACAGCCUGGCUCUUCCUUCCACCUGAAUGAAGAAGAUGGGAGCUCUCAGAGGAGCAGAUCCAGGUCUCUGCCCAGGGCCAGCUCCACCUCGGACCUGGAGUCAGAGAGCUCAUCCCUGAGCUUGGGCAGCAGCAGCGAGCAGGGCAUCCAGCUGAGCUGGAAGCCCGACCUGUCCCGCUCUCUACCUGAAGUGGAGCAGAACAGGAGCUCCCCUGCCCUGGCCACGCACAGCACCAAGUCCCCACGCCUCACCCCCAGGGACAGGAAUGACUCUGGCUUCGUGGAGUCGUCUGCAGCCGACCUGAGCUCGCCCCUGCCCGACCCCGACCUGGCCACGAGUGUCCCCAAGGUGCCAGCGCGGCCCUCGGCCCACGAGAUCCUGCAGAGGUGCAGCACUGUCACCAAACGGGCCCUGCAGGGACACAGCCCCCGGCCAGGCCUGCAGCCACUGCUGCCCAGCCUGCACUAGAGCAGGGACAGGGGACAAUGACACAGCCCGGGUAGAGCCAGGCACCCCUCACCAGAGCCCUGUGGGAACAUCAGCCCUUGGACUGUGGCUUCCCAAGGACACCACUGGAUCCCAAGGAAUACACCCACUGACAUCCAUCCCCUCCUUGGGCAGCACCGAUUCCUGCUGCAGCGUCACAGGGAGACUGGGAGCCAGAAGGGAGUUACUGGGAAAGGAUUUAGUGGUUUAACUCCUCAGGGGAGUCAGGGCAGCUGCGGAUCCAGCAGCUCCUAAGUUAGAGGUCACUUGGAAUUCAGUAAGUUCUCCCUCCUGCCAUGCAGCAUGUGAACAGUUGAACAUUUCACAGUCACUGUUGCAUUAUUCCCCACAUCAGGUGAGCUGCAGCCACCCCAGAGGGCAGAGAAGUGGCACCAGAGUGACUCAGAGUCACCAAUGGCAGCCCAAGCUCCAGUUACUGGACUGUGGGAGGGAUGGGAUGAUGCAGCUGUGAUGUCAUUUACCUGAACCUCAUAUUUAACAUAGAUAUAUAUAUAUAUAUAUUUAAACUGUUUAGGUUUUGGUGUUGGUUUAGGGUUUGUUUUUUUACAGCUUAGAUCAAUUUAGGUAGUGGAGAGGCCAUCAGAUGGAUUGGCUGCAUCUGCUGAAUGGCUGUGCCAAAAAUCCUGUUGGGGAGGAACCUCAUCCCUGGCUGUUCCCUCCAGCCGUGGCUGUGCAGACACAGGAGCACAAACAGGGCUGUCACAGCUUGUGUCCCACCUGGGGACAGGGACAGAGGUCACUUUUAUGGACAAAACAUUCCCCUUCCAAGGGAUUCUGGCAGUUAGCAAAACUCCCAGCAAUUCUCAUCCUAAAAUCAUUGCUAGAUUUGUUAGGUGAAUAGUUGUAGGAAAACUAAAGCUUUUCUAUACAUUUCUGGCUUUGAUUGUAGUUAUUCUCCCUGUUAAUGUUUUUUAGAAACAACUUGUGAGAUGUUUGUGUCGUUCUGAAUUUUAUACAUUUUUGUCUUUGAAAUAAAAUACAUGUAAACAUGUCUGAAGUCUGAGUUUUACACCUUAAAAAUGUGCUACCUGGGGAAUUAAAAUCGUGCUUCUCUCCCUCUCAGCUGCUAAAUUUGGGGUGGGCAUGGGUGAGAGACCUGCCUUGGUCCAGGCUGCACUUUGCUC